UUCACAAAAUAUUCCGUAACAAACCCAACUUUCAACAGCCAACAAACAAUCGACCACGGAAAAUAAACAGUUUUGCUCUUGUACCGUUAUGCGAUUAUUAUUUGAAGUGCGUGCGAUUGGAUAUGAGAGAUUUGUAUAGCAAAUUGGCAAGCAAGCUAAAAGUGGUGCCCAGAUUCAUGAAUACUGAGACCAACCGGCUAAAUAAAUACCCCGAAAAAUACUACAGAGAUCAUGAUCGAGAUGGACUAUCGAAUUUGUUGUUCAACGUCGAUAAAAUCGACCAAUUGUGCAAACGAUCUAAACAAUUCCAUCAUCAAAUCGUGACCAAUAGUGUUUCCGUAUCGGCACUGUACACCAAACCAGAGCAGGCGUGCAACGAAAAUGUGCAUUUACAGGCGGACAAUCUUGUAGGCAAGAAAUACGCUAUUGGCAUCGAUCCGAAUGAAAAAACGUGGUUGGCUAUAACGCGUCGCAACAUCCGGAAAACACCUGAUGAACCGGCCGUUGAGGAAAACAUCACAAUACCAAACACGCGAUUCUACUGGGAAACUCGGCAGAAACAAAGAGAAAAAGAAGCGAAAAAAUUGGCUGGAUGGUUUGAUAUCGAGGAAAAGAAUCAUCUGAAGACAUACCCAUUCGGUCCAACAUCACCGCGUAAUUCAACAUGGAAAUGGUACAUUGAGUAUCGCAUCAAAACGCUACGAAAAGGAAUGUCAGCAUAUGCUACGCGCAAAUAUUCACGACUGGAUUUUGAUCAUUACAUGAAGUGACUUCAUUGAAUUCGAACCAAGUAAAUGAUAACAUCGCCGUGACAGUGACCAACAACAUGCCGUCAAUAAUUAUCUUUGGUGCAUCGGAGAUGCCACCCAAUCGGCCAUUCGGUUUGAAGAGACGGAAAAGAUGUCCAGGAUCUCGCAAAUUUUUGGUGAGCGUCAAGAAACUUGGCCAUUCAGUGGUGAAAAUGAAAGAUGAAUGGGGAACAUCACAAACAUGCGCAAAUUGCCAAAAACGAUUCCCAGCGAACACAAAACCGCAUCGAUUCAAAGUGUGCUACGGUUGCAAAGCGAAACCGAUUGCUGGACUACCGGACUCAGUCGCUAGUCUACCAAAUAUAAUUGUAGCAACGGUUAGCAAACGUGCUUUGCAAAAGGGACGAAGGGAAAUUAAGCUUCGAAUUCGCAAUGGCAAUCAUCAGGAUGUGGCGAGAAUACUUCGGAAUGGGCGUUUAAUGUCAAAGGUUAAUGUUACCUACAAAAAUUGGCCAUUAAAUGUUCAAUGUGAUGUUGCUGCUUCACAGACAGUUGUUUGGCACCGCUAUAUUGUUGCUGCAAAAUGUAUUAUGC